AUGGCAUCUCCAGACUUCGAACUCUUCUCCUCCCUCCGCUAUGAUCCCCUCCUCACCCCCCUCGCCGUCAACACCGAAGCCUGGGACGGCGAGGAAAAACUCUUCAGCCCCUUCUACAUGCUCCCCUACCACCGCGACCGCAUGCUGCAAGCCGCCGAGCACUUCGGCUGGACCAAAGCCGCCGACACCAUCCGCGGCACCGAAGGCUUCAACCACCUCCUCAAGACACUCACCGCGUCCAUCGACACGCAGUCGCCGACGCCAGCGAGAGUCAAGGCGCGGCUGAGCCACGACGGGGCGAUCUCCGUCGAGAGUUCGACCGCGAUCCCCGCAGUCACGAGGUGGAACCUGUAUCCGGAGAGGAUUCCGCAUCCCUCCUCUGAUGCCGCGAGCCAGAUGAUGAGAGUCAGUCCGUCGACGGGCGGCGCUCUGACGCUUGGGGACGGGGACGCGGUGUAUGGUGAUGCGCCCAAGGGCCCGGCGUGGGAGGUGCUUCCCGACACGGUACGCACCGCGCCGUCGCCGUUCACGAGCUACAAGACUACGAGUCGGGAUGUGUACUCGAGUGCCAGGGAGAGAGUCGGGAUCACGGGUAUGGCUGAGAAGAGGGAGGUUCUGAUCGUGAGUGAGAAGGAGGGCGAGAUCAUGGAGGGGAGCUUGACGAGUGUUUUCUUCUGGAGAGACGGCAAGUGGACUACCCCGCCAGUCUCGAGUGGGGGCCAGAUUGGGACGACCAGGAGAUGGGCGCUCGAGAAAGGGCUCUGCGUUGAAGGUAUCGUGAAGGUCGAUUCUCUCGUUGAUGGAGAAGAGUGCUGGAUCAGUAACGGAGUAAGAGGGUUUCAGUACGGGAAGAUAAGGCUUUCAUGA